CGUACUUAUUAUAAUUAAGUUGUACUUUAGUUGUACUUACAUAUCCACGCGUCACUGACGCUCGCAAACGACUCGCGGCAACACAGUGCGAUGACGCAGUUCACAUCUUAGUAUAUUAUUCUCCGUUCAAAAAUUUAAUGAAGCGGUAAUUCAAGUGAUUAUUUAAAAUGACUAUUAAUUGUGAAAACGCAUGUGCCAAAGGGAAUGUGAAAUGUUUUUGGUGUAUAUUUCAUUUGGAUUAUUUAAUAUAUUCAAUACUUGUUAUUGUGUUUGUCGGUUUAUUCCUGUAUUUCAUGCUUGACAGGUAGCUGAAUAAACUAUUAUGGAUGGCGGCAGUAAACAAACCAACAACUAUGUGGCCAAAGGACUCAACUCGCCUGAAAUACGAAUGAAUGAUAACAUACCAUUUGUGGAUGAAGCUGUAGAACAUAAUCACGUUAGAACAUAUGAUAGUAAGGAUGACGACAAAAAACUACAUACGCCUGAAACAAAGAAUGAAGAUAUACCAUUUGUGGAUGAAGUGCCAGAAAUUCGUGGUAGAAAAGACGAACCUAUCCGACCGAAACGAUACAGAGAUAUUGAGAAAGGAGAAGCGGUACACAAACCAAAACCUAAUGGCGAUAUUGUGAUACACGCUUCCGAUUUAGGAUCUGUCCAUUCGUCGCCGAAUAGUGAUACUAUUGUUGUCAACACUCCAGAGGGAACUCUUUACGUGACGUUAGAUCCUUAUUCUCCUAAAUCAACUAAGCCCAAUAGUCCAAGCACUCAAUCGACUGAGUUAUCAGACGCAUCUCCAAGUACGUCUAAAGCCUUUGGCACUGUAGAGUCGGAUGAUUUGAUUGAUAAUGAGAGAGAAAAUGCAGAGAUUAGGAAAAUGAAUUUAAGACGAAACUCAGUGUCGAUGCCAACGCUCCAGAAUCUUGAAUCUGAGGUUCUCCGUCAAGCGUACUUGAAUAAUCCACAAGACGAGAUUCCGGAACACCAUCAAAGCACAGCAUCCGGAUUCAGCGACGGUGACCACCCCACAGAUGAAAACAACGAUGACGAUGAUAGAGCCAAGACCCCACUCCGGUCUCCGCGCCGCAAGCCCAGAAGAUUGGGACGUUCCGAGUUCAGUAUGGACGAGGAAGAUUAUUCUCCAAGUAACUCCGUCACAUCUGUAAACUCCCUCGCUAGCCUUCUCAAAGAGAAAUUACAGAGUAUUCCGCAAAAGAUCCGAAAGAAGCCCACAGACUACAAGCUCCGUGCAUUCGUCGGUCUCAUGUUCCUUGCAGUGGCGUUCUUUGUGGGCUUUGCCUACGUGUUGUACCACCAGCAAGCGUUGACGAAGGCCUACUACGAUAACGUACAGUUCAACGAACCCAAGAGAAUAAUCAGGAUCUUCAACAGAGACGAUCAUGAGAUACUAAAAGCUACUUUAGCGGUCGGUCUAGAAGGAAAAGUGAAGUCUUACCCGUGUCUGCCUGAAGACAGGCGGAACGAUGGGUCCGAGUGUUUGGAAUGGUUGCACACACUACGCUUCUAUCUCAAGUGUCUGCCGCACGACCCUGGAGUUGACAAUACUACGUGCUAUUCUGUCCAUUGGAAAGCUUUAAGAAACGAUGUAUAUCCUAACGACUGCUUUGAUUGGACCGAUACAAAAGUGCAUUGGUACGGCGGAGCACAAUCACUUAAUAUAACUUGGCCCCUGAAUACAGGGUCCAUUGAUUACACGCCGUUUAUCACCGGCGACAUACAGAAGUCACAAUGGAGCAAUGUCCUGUCGAGGUACUUAAUCAAUUCCAAAGGAGCCGCCAUCAUAAUUGAUGAAGAAACCCCCCUUCAAGUAUCCAUUAAUAGUGCUAGAAAGGAAAUCUGUGUUAGAGCAAAAUAUGAUGACUUCGCUUAUGUCAAUAAGCUCACAGAAUUUCCCGAGAUGAAGUACAAUAUAUGCACAUCGCACGAUAUGAAGUCUCUUCAUUCGUCUAUUCACAACCACAGAAGAGCUCCACUAUGGGAUGGUUUAAAGCCAGCUGAUAUGCAAACCUUGGAGUCUCUAAUAUCAGAACCAGUAUGGCAAAUUGCACCCCGUUUCAAACACGAACUGCAAGCCGAGACAAUAUCACAAUACACAGAGGAUGUCAUUAAUUUAGGUUUUCUAAAACAAGGUCACGUUCUUAUAAAUGAGUUUUGGCAGAACGAAAUCGGUGAUUUAUCUGUAGACACAAAUAGAUUUGAAACGUUAAAUAUAACUGUCGACAAACUGCAUAGACGAGGUUUUAAAGUAGCGUUUACAAUUCAACCCUUUGUAAGUACUGAAAGUGUGAAUUUUGCUGAAUGUGUUCAAAGAAGAUUGCUCAUAAGUGAACGAAAUAGUGAUAGAAGAAUUCCAGCUCUAACAAGAUUCAAAUCGUUGGCCAGUGCUGGAGUAUUAGACAUAACUAAUAACAGAUCAGUUCCAUGGAUAUUAGAAAAAUUAGAAGCCGUUAUAGAUGAAUAUCAUAUUGACUCUUUCUACUUUGAUUUAGGAGUUGCUUACGAUAUGCCUCACUAUUAUGAGUGUGAGAAGAGACUUAUUAACCCAGAUCAAUACAAAACAUUAUUUACUAAGACUUUUGAAAAAACCCUAAACAUAAUUGGUGUUUCAUCAGCUGUUUUUUUGCCGAGACCACCAAUUUUUGUAUCGUUGCCUCCUUUUGAAUCAUCGUGGGAAGCUAUGGCAAUGGUUAUACCAGCGAUGUUGACAUAUGGAGUUGAUGGGUAUCCAUUCGUAAUGCCCGGUGCGGUAGGCGGGGAUAUAUACUGGCCUGGCAGUGAGCAAUUCUUGCCGUUUUCAAAAGGAUUCAUGGAGACAAAUAUGACAAACACAACGCAAGAGAAUGGAAUAGAGUUGCCGGAAAGGGAAUUGUAUAUAAGAUGGCUGCAAAUGGCCACGUUCUUGCCAGUGAUGAAAUUCACUCAUUUGCCGAGUAAAUACAAUGAUGAAAAGGUACUAGAGAUGGCGAAGAAUUUGACAUCUUUGCGACAAAAAUUAAUUACACCUCUUUUGCUGAAAUAUAAGCGAGAAGCUCUAGAAGAAGGAUUGCCAUUGAUCCGACCUUUAUGGUUGGUGUCUGGAGGUGAUGCGGCCUUGAUGGUUCAGGAUGAGUUCGCAAUAGGCGAUGAGAUUGUCGUCGCACCCAUACUUAAUCCCGGAGAGACUACUAGAGAAGUAUAUCUCCCUGCCGGACUUUGGCAAGACGGCAUCGACGGUUCACUUCGCAAGGGGAACAGGUGGAUGCACGAAUACAAAGUGCCGUUAGAACGGGUCGCGUACUUCAUAAGGAAACCCGACGAUAUGAGAUUCAAGUGACAUUCCUAAUGUACUCGUAUUUACUGAACGAACAAAAAAAGGACGGCAAUGCUCAAGCAACUCCUCUCGGUUUGCAAGUGUUUAAGAGCGACGGCAGCCGCUUCCCAUCAGGUGGACCGUCUGCUCGUUUGCUUCGCUAACAAUAAAAUAAAUAAAUAAAGAGAGUAUCACUGAAUGGAAUUCCUAUAUACUAUAUUUCAAGCAACAUUUUGACAUUUCUCAAAUAUGAGAAUAUAUGAGUAUAAAACGUUUUGACGUUUCUCAAAUCUAGAGUUGUAAAUGAGAGAGAAUAUAUAAGUAAUAUACUAAUAUACAGAGUACAAUUCACUAUGAGUGGAUUGAAUAGUAGUAAUUGAAUUUAUUGAUUGGUUGGUUUGAUAUAUGUUAUAUCAAGCAGCAUUAUCUUCAUUAAAAUUUGACAAGUAUUUUACACCAAAACGUAAUGACAGUUUAUAUUUUGACAGUUACGUUUAUUAUUAUUGUGACAGUUAAGUUUUGACUUUACAAACAUGUAAAAUAAAUCAUUCAAACCUUUUUUGACAUUAUAUUAUAGCUUUAUAAUUUAUAUAAAUAUUAAGUUAAAACAAAGAACUAGAAUGAAUCUAGUGUAGUGUUGUGAUUUAAAUAAACUAUAAUGUUUGUUAUAAACAAAUUUACAUUGCCAGUAUUAAUGUAGUUGUAUUGUGUAUUAAAAAUAAGUAUGACUAAUGAGUGAAACUAAAUGAAAUUAUAUUCUUAAUAAUAUUUAUUUAUUUAUUUAUAUUUUUGCACACAUUUAACGUCUACAGGACGGACUUAAUGCCUGAUGGCAUUCUCUACCAGUCAACCGUUACGAUAAACAGAGAAAGCAAUUGGCGGUGCAUAGAUUUAAAAAAAAAUUGUAAAUAAAAUAAAUAUUUUAAAAGAUAACAGUUUAUGAUAAAUAAACAUACAAACAUAUAGAAUAAUAUACUUACAAAAUAUACAAACAUAAAUCAUAUACAAUACAUAUAUAAAUAACUAUACAUAAUAUAAAAUAAUAUUUUACAUUACACUUGUAAGUACAGUAUUUAUUGUUAGAGUAAUAUUGUUGUAACAACUACAUAGUACAUCAAUCAGCAACCAGCGGUCCGUGGCUUGUUUUGUAAAUUAAUGUUUUAUAAACCUGAAUUUAAGGUUUAAGUUUUUUUAAACCUCACGUUCAUUUACAAACAAACAAUAAAUAUUUUUUUAAUAAGUGUUUUUAGUAAGUCUUCUUUGAAUUUCUUGUAUAAGAAAUUUAUAAUUAUUUGUAAUCUUUUUUUCAAAAAAGGAACAAGUUAUUUUCGCAUUUUUAUAACCACCGAUAAAAGGAUCAAUUAUCAUAAUUAUAGACAAGUGCGGCCUGCAUUUAAUUCACUUUGCCACUAAUUAGCACUUGCCUGCCAAUAGGUUGCCGACCUCCGGCAUAGUAGAAUGUACCAACUGCAACAAUAUUAUUUAAUAAUAACAAUAUUAUUAUUAUAAAAACUGUUAUAGUUUUUUGUUACAAACGGAUCAAGAAUUAUAUUUUGUCAUCAACCACUCUAGACGUCUGAGGGCCUACCAUGAAAUGAAAUUCCGAAGUAUCGGACUCAAUUUCGUGUUUUCGUUCAUACCUAAUACAGCCCAGUAAAUGGAGAUUAACAUUUCGUUCGUCACAAAUCCUGCCAUAAAAGUCCAAAGGAAUAAUAUUUUAAUAUUUUUAAUGUUUUUAAACUGUAAGUAUUAUGUAAUUUUAACAUCAAACUUGUGUUUCGUUCGACUCCGAGAUUUCGGAAAACAUUUCAUGAUAGGCCCUCUGUAUUUAGAUAUCGAGCGAUAUCUGUUAAAGAUAUUUACAUAGAGAAUUUGUUUACACUUGUAUCGGAAUGUAUGCAAUUGACUUUAAUAUAAGUAAAUGAAAAAUACAGUUUAAAACAGAAGUUUUUAAGUGUAUAUUAAGGUUUAUUAACAGUCCAGUGAUUUUAAAUGUCAAUUAAUUACAUUAUCUAAUAUUAAACUAAAUUAUUUGGUAGUUAGGGAUUAUUUUAUUAUUUAUUUAAUCAUUUAUAUAAUUGUUAUUAUUUAAUUAAUCACAAAGCAAUUUUGAAAUCUAUUCUAGACACGAUUAGUAAUAAUAAAUGUAUUUAUAAAGUACAAUUUACGCCAAAAAUAUUUCUCCUUUCCUCGUGUAUGUCGAAAAAAAUAGUGCAGGAGUCGGCAACUUACGGCUCUUUGGAUAUGAAGUUCGGCUCUUUAGUUCUAUAUGCAAUUUUUAUUUAUUUAUAUAAAAAAAAAUAAAAAUCGUUUUGAAUCGAUUAACGAGGAUUAAGCGAAAAUUAAAUUAAAUUAAAUGAAAAUACUAUUUAUUGUUGGCAAGUAAAUUGUUUUGUGGCUCUUUAAUAACUUUGAAAUUUCGUAAAUUGUCAUUUUUGACUGUUCCGACUAAAAAGGUUGCCGACCCCUGGUAUUAAUGUAUGUAUUCAAAUAAUGAAUUAUAAAAUUGUAAGAUGGUAAACCUAUGUGAUAAUAUAUUUAUGAGAAAUGUUUCGAUGCAUUUACCAACUGCACACUAUAGCGAGGUAAUGUUUUUUGCAUUACUUGAGCUCCGGAUUGCGGAGAUUUUCUUACCGUAUUCUCGAUUUAUGUUUCUUGAUUUCAUUGUUCGUGGAUCUAAUUGUCUUUUACAAAACAUAGAGCGUGUCGGGCGAAAGUCUAAAAGUUAGUACUAUUGCCUAAUUAUAGUUAUAUUAAACUGUAAAGUAAUACGUUUUGUUAUAAAUAUUUAUUUACUAAAUGCUUUACUUGAAUCAUUCCAAAGUUAGAUAGUUAUUUAUUUAAAUAUUUUUUUUUAUAAAUAUAAGAAUUAAAUGUAUUGGAGAUACUAUCAAUUGUAUAGAUAGAUAGAUAGAUACUCUUUAUUGUUUCCUCCAAAAGAUUACAAUAGUAAAUUUAUCAUAAAUAUAAACAAUUACAAGAAAUAAUCACAAUGAAAAAACAAUGGGCUACCUUAUCGUUAAAAGCGAUCUCUUCCAGGUAACCUUUGGAUGGAGAGGAGAGAAACGAUUUUUUGGGAGGCGCGAUGUAUAAUUAGUUAUAUUGCUUGGUGGUAAUAUAUAAGCAUUUAUCAAUAACAAACAAUAUAUGGAACAGUUUUUCUUAAUAGCACUUUCGUAGGGUUAUAGAGUAGAGUAGAGUGACUAGAUUGUACCUACAUAUGUGCAGUAGUCUAAAAACUGUCAGGUAACUCAAUUUUAUGUAAUACUUAAAACCUAAGAUGUAGCUAUAGUGUAUUUCAAUAGAAAUUAAUGAAAGAGUAAACGAGUUUUGUUGACAGUGGGGCCGAUUAUGUGAUGCCAUUUUUUAAAUUUAUCUUUUAAUCAUUUUUUUUUAAAUUUAAUUAUAUCUCAAAAUUAAUAUUUUUUGUACAAUCUUAAACUAGGAUUAUACUAACUUUUAUUUACAUUUAUUAGAAAAUUAAUUUAUAUUGGUCCUUACAAUAUAAAUAAUAUUAACUUGGCUCAUGAGGUGAGCAAAAUGUGGAGGGUUACAUCCACCGAAAUAAUCCCAAUCGUUUUGUCGGUGAACAGUCUUAUCCCAAUCAGUAUGUAACUACAUCUCAGACGGAGGAAUAACAUCUGAGUUCUCAGGAAUGGCAACGCAUGGAGAGUAUCAUGGGUGAAACAAUAUACUGUUAUGUAUGGUACUGCUCAUGUCUAUAGGCGACAGUUACCACUUUUCAUCAGGUGGGCCGUCAGUUUGUUUGCCAUUCUAAGUUGUAUAAAAAAAAGAUGUUUGUUUGUUUAUCACUCGGUAACGCUUAAAUAGAAUCCAAUGAAAUUUGAUGUGCCAUGUUUGUUAUAACAUAUCUAUUUUUAUACUAAUUCAUUCACGCGGUAAGUGUCGGAAAAUGGCCAGUGAAAAAGAAUACCACAUACGUAAGUACAUAACAUAAGAGUAAUAAUAAUUUUACAAUAAUUAAUGUAAAAAAAUAUAUAAAAUAAAUUAAUUAUUGCUUGUUUGUAAGUAGUUAUUAUUUUUAAUUAAAAUUCUUUAAUUAGAUGAAUUUUUAACAGAUUUCUUUACAAUAAGUAGACAGAUAUUUCUAGAACGAUCUUAUUUGUUUAUAAUAGUUUUCACUGCCCAAAAUAUAUAUUGCAAACUAUGUUUAUAUAUUUUGUAAUGUACUAGCAUUGUUGUAUUUAAAGAGGGACCAAAUGGGCUGUGCCUAUCUCAUAAUUGUCUAGUGUCCACCCCAUGAUUUAAACGAACCUUUGUAAAGACAUAUCUGAGAGUAAUACGCCUAUUUUAAGAGAACCAGGCCUACCCAGGAAAAUAUUUUUUAUAACGCCAAUAUGUAUUAUUUCUGUAUGUUAUAUUAAAAGAUAAAUGUUAAUGAACUACUGU